AUGAAAACGUUACAAUACCUUAUCAUACUUUGUUGGCUUUUUCUGUUAUGCUACUCGAAUCAUGCUAUUGCAGGAGCUGCUGAGACCGACUUUGGAGAGCAAAGUAGCAUCAAGUGUAUCGACCGUGAGAGAAAAGCUUUGCUUCGAUUCAAGCAAGGAAUUCUCUCUUCAUGGGGAGACAUAGAAGAUUGCUGCCAAUGGCGUGGCAUUCGCUGCAGCAAUCGUACUGGCCAUGUCAUCAUGCUUCAUCUUCACGGAUAUUUUGUCCGAUAUGGUGAGUAUAUAAUUUGUGUGGAAGGUAAGUUAGACACUUCCCUCUUUGAGCUAACUCAUUUGAAAUAUUUGGACCUUAGUUUCAGUGGUUUCGACCAGCAGCCUAUACCUAGUUCCAUUGAUUCCCUCACUGAGUUAGAGCACCUCAAUUUAGCUAAUGCUGGCUUUUUUGGUGAAAUUCCUUCCCAACUCGGAAACCUUUCCAAAUUAGCAUCUCUUGAUCUCAGUUUAAAUCCCGAGCUCACUGCAAAAAGCUUGCAGUGGCUGUCCAAUCUUACAUUGUUGAGAGAAAUCAACCUGAGUCAUAGUAAUCUUAGUGAAUCCACCGACUGGAUCAACAAACUUCCUUUCCUAAGAAAACUUUUCUUGGAUACAUGUUAUCUACCUCCUACUUUUCCAUCAUCAACAUUUUCAUACAUCAAUUCUUCGAUCCCUCUUCGUGUUGUUAGCCUAUCUUAUAACAUUUAA